ACAAGCACGCAGGCACAUAAACGUAGGCUUUUGAUGCUCCUCUGCCUGUUGACCCCGCUAUUUUCAUGUUUCCAACAGGUUUUUCUUUCCCCAAUCCCUCUGCUGCUUCUGCUGUUGCUCAGGAGGUCAGAUCUGCCACUGAUGGUAAUACCAGCACCACUCCGCCCACCUCUGCCAAGAAGGGAAAGUUAAACAGCAGCAGCAGCAGCAGUAACAGUAGUAACGAGAAAGAAGACUUUGAUUCCACCUCUUCCUCUUCCACCCCUCCACAACCCAGAGAUUCGGCAUCCCCUUCAACCUCGUCCUUCUGCCUCGGGGUUCCAGUGGCCACUUCCAGCCACGUACCUAUACAGAAGAAGCUGCGUUUUGAAGACAACCUGGAGUUUGUAGGGUUUGAUACAAAAAUGGCUGAGGAAUCGUCCUCCUCAUCUUCCUCAUCUUCUCCAACUGCUGCAACCUCACAGCAGCAGCAGCAGCAACUUAAAACUAAGAGUAUCUUAAUUUCUUCUGUGGCUUCAGUGCACCAUGCAAACGGCCUGGCUAAAUCAUCUACCACGGUCUCUAGCUUUGCUAACAGCAAGCCUGGUUCAGCUAAGAAGUUAGUGAUCAAGAACUUUAAAGAUAAGCCUAAAUUACCAGAAAACUAUACCGAUGAGACAUGGCAAAAACUAAAAGGAGCAGUGGAAGCCAUUCAGAAUAGUACUUCAAUUAAGUACAAUUUAGAAGAACUCUACCAGGCUGUAGAAAAUCUUUGUUCUUACAAGAUUUCUGCAAAUUUGUAUAAGCAGCUGAGGCAGAUAUGUGAAGAUCACAUCAAAGCACAGAUCCAUCAGUUCAGAGAGGAUUCAUUGGAUAGUGUUCUUUUUCUAAAAAAGAUUGAUAGAUGCUGGCAAAAUCACUGCAGGCAAAUGAUAAUGAUCAGGAGCAUUUUUUUGUUUCUGGAUAGAACUUAUGUUCUUCAGAAUUCAAUGCUACCCUCCAUUUGGGACAUGGGAUUAGAGUUAUUUAGGGCUCAUAUUAUAAGUGAUCAAAAAGUCCAGACGAAGUCACUAAUUGCUUCUGUUGAAAAACAACUUCUAGGUGAACACUUAACAGCAAUUCUUCAGAAAGGUUUAAAUAGCCUCCUUGAUGAAAACCGAAUUCAAGAUUUGUCUCUCCUGUAUCAGCUCUUCAGUAGAGUUCGGGGUGGAGUUCAGGUUCUCUUACAGCAGUGGAUUGAGUAUAUCAAGGCUUUUGGAAGUACCAUUGUUAUUAAUCCUGAAAAAGAUAAAACGAUGGUUCAAGAAUUAUUGGACUUUAAAGAUAAAGUUGACCAUAUAAUUGAUACCUGCUUUCUGAAAAAUGAAAAAUUUAUCAAUGCCAUGAAAGAAGCAUUUGAAACAUUCAUUAAUAAAAGACCAAAUAAGCCAGCUGAACUGAUAGCUAAGCAUGUGGAUUCAAAACUUCGUGCAGGCAACAAAGAAGCUACAGAUGAAGAACUUGAGAAAAUGUUGGAUAAAAUAAUGAUUAUAUUUAGAUUUAUCUAUGGCAAAGAUGUUUUUGAGGCCUUCUAUAAGAAAGAUUUAGCCAAACGCUUAUUAGUUGGCAAGAGUGCAUCAGUAGAUGCUGAAAAAUCAAUGCUGUCCAAACUGAAACAUGAAUGUGGAGCUGCUUUUACCAGCAAGCUUGAAGGAAUGUUUAAAGACAUGGAGCUUUCUAAAGACAUCAUGAUUCAGUUCAAACAGUAUAUGCAGAACCAGAAUGUACCUGGCAACAUUGAAUUAACGGUCAAUAUCCUGACAAUGGGUUACUGGCCAACAUAUGUGCCUAUGGAAGUCCAUUUGCCACCAGAGAUGGUAAAACUUCAGGAAAUUUUCAAGACAUUUUACUUAGGCAAACACAGUGGCAGGAAACUCCAGUGGCAAUCAACCUUGGGACACUGUGUGCUAAAAGCUGAAUUUAAAGAGGGCAAGAAAGUUGAAGAACAAGCAAGCACUACAGAAAGAGUAUUUCAAGAUAGACAGUACCAAAUUGAUGCUGCGAUCGUCCGAAUUAUGAAGAUGAGAAAAACACUUAGCCAUAAUCUUCUUGUCUCAGAAGUCUACAAUCAGCUAAAAUUUCCAGUUAAACCUGCUGAUCUUAAGAAAAGAAUAGAAUCCCUAAUUGACCGCAACUUCAUGGAAAGGUAUAGAGAAAACCCAAAUCAGUACAACUAUAUUGCAUAGAAUGUUGGCCUUGGAACAUUUGUUGGCAUAAUGCCAUAGCCAAGGGUUGAACUAACUUGUUGAAUCUCAUGUUAUUUGACUUCUUUUAUACUUCCGAUGACCAAAUGAAGCAGUGUAAUGGGAAUAGUUGUGUGGACUUUUCUCAAUGGUUAACAUACCCAUUUUAAAGAGUAAUACUUAACCUUUAAGAAGAAUGUUGUUGAACUCUAUGCAUGUUAUUUAGUAUGAUGUGCAGAAAACUCUUUGAGAAAGUACCUGGGUUUUCAUGAUUCCUUUUGGAACUGGGGAAGA